AUGCUUGACAACCAGCUCCAAGAGAAAGAGGAGCAUAUCAGUGGUGAAAAUGCUCCUACAAAUAGCCAGUUGAUUUCAAGCUACCAAUGUCAUCCCACCGAGCCAGGAGUUGAAAAGACUGCCUGGGUGACAGCCAGUGAGAGCAGGCAACUUCUGCUGCAGCUUGCGCUCUGCUUCCACUGUGUGGCGGAGGAGCUGCUGGAGACCCAGGCCACCUUCAUGCUUCUCCAGAAUCAAUGCUCUGGAAACCAGGAAGCGAGAAAUCCACAGAGGACGCCGGUGGGGCCGUCUCGGGUCUCGCCCCAGGCUGCACCUUCCGCCUCGCAGGCGCCGGGGAGCGCGAGGUGCAGGUGGGCGCCGCGGCUGCCUCGGGCCUGGCCCGGCCGCAGCCUCCUCCACCUCCACCGCCGCGGGCUCGGAGGGCGGCGGGAUGCAGCCGCGGGCCCGCCGCCGGCGAACGCCCCCGCGAACGGGGACCUCACCUUUGUCUCCUCAGCCCACGCGGAGGAUCUCAGUGGGUCUUCAGCAUCCACAGAUGUCAAAUUAAACCUCGGUGGAGACUUUAUCAAAGAAUCUACAGCCGCCACAUUUGUGAGACAAAGAGGGUAUGGUUGGCUUUUGGAAGUUGAAGAUGAUGAUCCCGAAGAUAACAAGCCACUCUUGGAAGAAUUGGAUAUCGAUCCAUAGGACAGUUACUACAAAAUCCGAUGUGUUUUGAUGCCAAUGCCAUCUCUUGGUUUUAAUAGACAAGUGGUGAGAGACAAUCCUGAUUUUUGGGGUCCUCUGGCUGUUGUUCUUUUCUUUUCCAUGAUAUCAUUAUAUGGACAGUUUAGGGUGGCCUCAUGGGUUAUAACCAUUUGGAUAUUUGGUUCAUUGACAAUUUUUUUACUGGCCAGAGUUCUCGGUGGAGAAGUUGCAUACGGCCGACUUCUUGGCGUCGUAGGAUAUUCAUUACUUCCUCUCAUUGUCGUAGCUCCUAUACUUUUGGUGGUUGGAUCAUUUGAAGUGGUGGCUACACUUACAAAACUGUUUGGUGUGUUUUGGGCUGCCGACAGUGCUGCUUCAUUAUUAGUGGGUGAAGAAUUCAAGACCAAAAAGCCUCUGCUGAUUUAUCCGAUCUUUUUAUUAUACAUUUAUUUUUUGUCCUUAUAUACUGGGGUGUGAUCUAAGUCAUACAUGAGCAGGAAAAGACCAUGUUACUUUUGUAGGUAGGCUGGGAAUUCUUGCUGAAAGACUGUAGAAAACAUUGCUGGUAAAAUUUUACACAUCCCAGAUGUAAAGGCAAGUUUAAGGUCUUUUUAAAACAAUAAUUUUUGUAUUUAAUUAAAGCAGUUAUCUGGGAUUUUUUGGUCAGAAUUCUUAGUUCUGUUUGAUUCUUCAUACAUAUUCCAGUGAAUAAAAUAUAAAAGCAUUGUGUUUUUAAGAUUGUGUCAAUAUUCACCUAAAAACUUGUGCCAAAAGCACCUGGAUCAUUAAUUAUUUUUCACUUGAAGGACAGAUUUGACAAUAUCUUGAUAAUCUAAAAGUGCAAUUUUUUUUUCUUUAAAGAGUUUUCUCAUGCAUCGCAGAUCCUGUAGAUACAUAUUUAUAUUUAUACAUAUAUAUUUAUGAAAUAAUUCUUAUUUACAAAAUAUGUUUCUGAAUAGCCUAAAAACUAAGGUACUAAAUCUGAUGCUUAAACUUUCUUUAAUUUGGCCAUUAAUCUUUUUUAUUUAAAAAUUUUAAUUUGUUUUUUAAAUUGUAUGUAAUUUUUAAAAGAAUAGUUGCUGAUACAGAUUUGGUUUGUGUGGAUAUGCUUUUAAAAACCACUUUUGAACGUCUAAACAUCUGAUUUAAUGUUUCUGUUUAUCUCUCUGACCAAAGGUGCAAGUGGUGUAAUGGAUAUGGCAUUCUUUGAAAUCAUUAAUAUAUAGGAAGACAGUAAUAUUUAUAGCAUCAGUAAAUAUUUUUUAAGUGAUACUCCUAAAUCAGAAAAAUUAUGGGAAAGAGACCUUUAAAGUCCUAUGGUCCCGAACAACGUUAUAUGGAGUAGAAAAUAAAAUGUUU